CGAGAGCAUACGAGGGCAUACGAUAAGCCUCACUACCUUACGAGCACGAAGUUACAAGUAUGACGAAUACUAGGUAUUCUCGUAUUUCCAUUCAAGCCCAAUAACCAGGAAUCUCAAUCAUAUUUUCCCUUUCUUCAAUUCCAAAUCCAAUUAUUCCCCUUCAUCCUCAAGCCCCUUCCUUAUCAAACUCUCGCUCCCUUAUCAGACAUCCAUCUAUUAUCCACUCAUCUCGUAUCAUCCUCUGCACAUCAAUCUCCUUAUCCGUCCCGCAUACCCGAGUCGAAGUCCUUGGCCCGACGCGCCUAGCCUGCGCCCUGCAUAUCAGCAACAUUACAAGCUUUAUUACACGAAUAAUAAUUGUUCCUUCCGCUUUAAGGGAUGUCGAUGCCGAUGGCCCGGUUUAGAAAUCAAGAAACAAAAAGUUGUGAUCCGAAAAUUUCGGGGUAACGGGGAACGCUGAAGAUGUUAUUGGGGGUGAGCGAGUAUGAUAUAUAUCAGAUAUACAUAUGCAUGUAAGGCGUAGGAUUUUUGUACAUCAAUUGCGUAUGUAGAGACAGUGAAGAUGCAGAAACUGGGUGGGGAUCUCGCAAAGUUGGCACGAACAUCCCUCAACAUGCGCCUCUCAAUCUUCCUCUCAGCUAGCACUCUCCUUCUCACUCACCUAACAAAAGCUUGCUACUUCAACGUAUACUCCACGACCGUUGGCACCUUCAAAGCACAACAUUCCGAGCCCCUCGAUCACAAUGGUGCACCCCAGACCCUCACUGGAAAAUAUCUUACCUGUUCUUUCUCAGCCGAUCUUGCCGAUGGAUGUAUCGUAACAGUCAAGACGAAUUGGACUACGAAGACCGCAGGCGGUCAGGAGUCCUAG